CAAAUGUCAAAAGUCAUAAUAAAUGGCCCUUCCUUUAAUUUUUUAUCAGUAUUUUAGGGCGUUUUUGCUUACAUUUCGUGAAACAAAAGUAUCUUUUUAAUUUACAACAUAGUUAGGAUUACACAAUUAUUUCAAACUAUUGGCGCGCAUGCUUAUUCCUUGGAAGGUCAAUGCGCAUAGUCAAAACAUUGCGCAUUCCGUUCGUGGCUAACCUCAUCAACUCGAUCGACCUGCUACCAGCCUGCUGUCAGUGCUCGCCAGUGCUGUAUUUUGGUGCCUAGUGGGAGUGCUAAGUGUCUUCGACGGCUUUUGUUUUACUUAGGUGCUAGUUAAAAAUAGAAUUUCAGGAUGCCUUCAGCAGCGCCACCCGCCGAGAAUGGCGCCGCGCCGCGCAGCGAACUCGAGCAGCUGCAAUUACGCGCCGGGCAGGUCACCGAUGAAUCAUUGGAGUCCACCCGGCGUAUGAUGCAACUAUGCGAGGAGAGCAAGGAGGCCGGCAUUCGUACUCUGGUCGCUCUAGACGACCAGGGAGAGCAAUUGGACAGGAUUGAGGAGGGCAUGGACCAGAUCAACGCGGACAUGCGCGAGGCUGAGAAGAAUCUCUCCGGUAUGGAGAAGUGCUGCGGCAUUUGCGUCCUGCCCUGCAACAAGGGAGCGUCGUUCAAGGAAGACGACGGCACGUGGAAAGGCAAUGAUGAUGGUAAGGUGGUGAACAACCAGCCCCAACGGGUGAUGGACGAGCGCAACGGUAUAGGACCACAAGCCGGAUACAUAGGCAGGAUAACAAACGACGCGCGCGAGGAUGAGAUGGAAGAGAACAUGGGCCAGGUGAACACGAUGAUUGGCAACCUGCGCAACAUGGCGCUGGAUAUGGGAUCCGAACUGGAGAACCAGAACCGCCAGAUCGACCGCAUCAACCGCAAGGGGGAAUCGAACGAAACGAGGAUAACGCUGGCGAACCAGCGAGCGCACGAGCUGCUCAAGUAAACGGCGACGGCACUCCUCACACACACACUCGCGGUCUCGUGGUCGCUGACGUCGCAGCUGCGCCACCGCUUGCAGCGCCACCACGCUACUUGCUCUCGAACGUACAACACCCUCAAACUCUUAUAUUGAAUUUCUUUAACGUUCAAUUGCUGUGCUUUAAUUUAUUUAUUUUUCCAAAGUUGAUAGUUCGACAGCAAGUGCUUGGCUCUGCAACCGGACGGUGUUUAACAACUACAUUAUUUCGCUUAGUAUCUCCUCAACUUUGAGAUACUUAUCUACCUAUUUAUUCAAACGUUACAUUAAGAUCUUAUACUCCAAUCUAUCGGCAUGCUACUGUAUUAAGUGAACACUCCGUAAUUUUCCUAGAAAAGUAUAUCUUAUUCGUUGUUUAAAAAAAAUGUUUCCUUACUAUUUACAUCGCUCAAUUCCCGUAGAUUUUAUUAAAAAUAUUCAAUAACGACAAGCAGUUUUUGGUGCUCAUUUUGUGCAGUAGGACAUGUAAAGUUACAAAAUUAUCUAGUAAUAAUCAUCUCGUAUAAUUAUAAUAUCUUAACCUCUCAUAUAAUUUCUAAAUUAUAAAAUAGUUCUUAGGAAUUUGAAACGGCGAGAUUUAUUAUUUUGAGAAAAUGCAUUUACCCGUUGUUAAAACAUACUAGUGUAACUGUUACAUAUACUAGGGAACCGAGUUUUGAAUUAUCGCUUCGACACAUUCGCAAUAAAAUAACGUUAUUGUUACAAAAUUGUUAUUUACUAGCGUUAUUCGUUAAGUCAUAUCGCCCUUCACCGUAUAGUUUGCGUCUUUAGAAGAUCAUUGUUAAUUUUUACACUGUUAAAAGUAACGUAAGAAGAGGACGUAUAAAUGGUGACUAUGUGAGGAGCGAAAGGGAAGAAGUGAUAUGUGAUAAUAGUUCGGAAUUAAGCGUUAGAGGUAGUAUUGAGAAGUCUUCUAUAGCAUUCAUUGAAUCUGCACUGCAAAAGAUUUCAUCGUUUGAUGCCUUUCAUAGAAGCAUUUAUGUUUUGUUUGAUAAUAAAGUUUACACUAAGCAAUAACUUGUUGAACUAUAUGAACAUGAGAUUAAUGUUACUUAUUUACAUUUGUACAACAAAAAAGCAAUACAAUAAACAAUAAGUAUUACACUAUUUAUUCAUUCCCAUUUGAAUUCAAAUUAUCAUAAUACUAGUUGAUAUAUCAACAAACUAAAAUAAUUAUAAUUAUUGAGGUCCUCGAUUAAUGCGUAUAUAAUUCGAUGUUCUUCAUAGGCCAGUAAAUAGAACACUGAUACUAGCUUGAGCACAUAUCUAUACAAUAACAUAUCUGCUUCUACGGAAAGUACUGCAGUCACUGUAACUAGUAUUUAUAAUAGCUAAAUAUUAUAAACUUAGAAAUAAUAAUACUUAUGUCUUAAUUACUUAGUAUUUUUUAUUUAUUUCAACAAUAAAUCUUUUCAUUUAUGAAGGUUUUAGUUUCUUUAUUACCCCUGAAUAAAAAGUUGAAUAUAUUUUUGGUAAAUAAGUUUCAUUUUUAUCGAACGAAUACUUUGGGAGUAGACUAAGGAUAAUAAUAAUAUACUUUAAGUAAUAAACAAAAUCUUAAAGACAAUUUUUCUUUAUAAAUACACUUAUAUAUUAUUUUAUUUAACAAUAUAAAAGUACAAACAGAAAUAAUUCAUUAUAAUAAUUUUCAUAACUAAUCCAAUUCUAAUACAACCGCCUGCACUAAGUUGCACGUAUAUUUUUAUUUUUUUAUGUAAUAAAUAAAUAUGAAAUAAAUCACAUUAGAAGGCUAAGUAAAGCUAGCUAGACGUAUUUUAUAAUGACUAUAGUACAAUUUUAUAUAAGUCAGGAAUAACGAAAUACAAUGUGUGACGUCACUACCACGAGACUUACACGCACACAAACAAACACUCAACACUUCGGUGAAAACCGGCGAGAGCAACGAAACACGCAUAGCUGUGGCGAACCAACGGGCAAACAAACUUCUCAAGUCUUAAGCUUCUUAAAACAUCUACAUCGUGGAAUGACGCUUACCAACCACCAGGUUAUUUAGGGUAUUUGACUGGGUCAGAGAUAAAUUAUAAAAUGCUGAUCUAGAAAUAGAAGCCAGUCUAAGACGAUCAAAAAUCAAUCUCAUUUUGUUUUUCGAUUUACUUUCGAAUUUUAUGAAUAGUAACAAUGAGUACCGCUUUUAUUGAUGACGUCACAGGACAGUAUUUUUUCGUUUCGACAUUUGGUAAAAAGUAUCUUAUUUGACUAGGUUGUCAAGUAGCUUAUUAUUACACUUUAUUUCAUAUCAGCCGAUAUUCGAACUUGCUGACAUAGAAUCAUAUUGGCUAUUAUUGCCAACGUGUCAAUAGUUCGACAAUCGAUAGUUGUCUUUAAAAAUCAUCUAUACUAUAAUCAAUCAUCUAUUGAUAGCUCAUUUAGAUCAAUACUAUCGUCACAGUCUAAAUAUUAUUAUUAAUUAAUAUUGCUUAAUAUUCGACCUAGAAGGACGCACAUUGACCAAAUUGGAGAUGUCCUUAAGAAGCAAGAGAAGUGUGUCAGGAUCGAAGCAAAUGGAAUUCUAUUGUCUCUGCUUACCCCGGUGGGAAUAGGCGCGAGUUUAUUUAUGUGUGUUAAUUUUUUCUAUUUUUUUUUAAAACUAUCGAUAGUAGCAUAUCGAUAGGCAGCACUAAGCCUAUAGGCUCUUAAUCGCUUCGAUGUGUCGAGAAGAAUUCAAAUUUUGCGGUAGAUAAGAAUUGACUAGGAAACUUUAAUUUGAUCUCGAACGCAUUUGAAAGUAACUUUCUUAAUUAAAUGCUCAAGUGAUUAAGUUAAGUGCGUCUACAUUAAGUUUGUCAAAGACAAAACGGCCUAUGUUAUGUAACAUGUUAUGUUAAAAGGGCCCAUGAUCAUCAUGAAAUGUAGAAGUGUAAUGUAUGAAGUUGUAGAAUUGUUGUUAAAGAUGUAAGGAAUAUCGACAGAUGAGUUGUCUACCUCAUUGAGUAGAUACAUAAGUAUCUAUUGAUAGCAAUAAAACUCAAGUUAGGAAGUUGUUAGUGUUUUAGAAAAGCGGGGGUUGUGCUAUUAGUCUUAAGUUUGCCUCUGGAAUGAUGGGUGAGAAGAAUGCAAAGGCGUUUUAGUUUAAAUGCUUUGAAACGUGGUAAGGAUUUGGGGACCUGGGGGUCUAAAAGGGCAGUUCAUCUAAAAAGCAAUAUUGAAAUUUGACAUUUCAAUUCAAUUCUUGAUUAAUGGCUUUUGUGUGAUUACAAGAUGAAUGAUAUAAAAUAAUUAGACAUUUGCGCAUAUAAAAGUAAGUGCGCAAUGUCUACAAAUGUCAAAUAUCAAUAUUGCUUUUUAAGUGAAUUGCUUCAACAUGGCCUUUUUAAACCCCCCUGUAUUGUAAAGGGAAAAGUUUUCUCAGUAAAUUCUUAUUUCAAACAGUGCAAAGCGAUACAUUAAUAACUCUUUUUAAAUCAAAAGUAAUAUGAAAGAAAGUGUAAAAAAAAUGAAAAUAGAAGGUCAGUAAGCGUCAUUCCACGUAAAUUCUACAAAAUAUAAUCGAUUAGUAUUUAUCGGUAAGUACAGUUCUUAUAAAAUUAAUACUGUUAUUAUAAAUACAUAAUUAUAUUAAACAAUAUCGCAAUAAUGUCGGACUGUAGUAGUUCCUAGUCGCAUUGCAACGAGUUUCCCGUCUAUAUAAUAUAAACUGUACUUACCCACAUAUAUUUAUGUAGAUAUAGUGUAAUUUAACUUUUGUUUAUUGUAUUAUCGCGCGGUGGCUCUGAAACGAUAAUUAAUAUAGCCAAUACUACUUUUAUAGAAUUUAUUCCAUGAACUUUAGGAACUAAAACUAAUUUUCUGGUAUUUCUGGAAGUUAAAAGUACCUAAAUUACUGAAGUAAUUAUUAAUAUUUGAUAAGUAAGUGGGUCCUAAAUCUAAUAAAUGAAGAAAUACCGGACUAAGUAUUUAGAAUAUAGUUCAUUUUUCUUUUUAUAAAAAAAAUAAUAUUUUCAUUUCAGAGCUGUCGUCUUAAGCCAGUCUUGCCUGAUUUAAAAAAAAAUGCUUAAUUUAAUGUGAUGGAGUGAGGCGGUGGUAGGACAUAUCAAAAGCACGAUUUGUGCUUAUUGUAUUACGAAAUUAUAUUAGGUUGCAUUUUUAGCUUUAUUUUAAUAUAUGUGCCAAACAAAACAGACUUUUUUUGCGAUUGAAAUGGGAUUAAAAAGGGUGGAUUUUAUUUUAAUUACCUAAUUAAACAUUGGUGCCGAUUCCAGUAUACACCAUCUAAUCUUAUUUUAAGUUAUAUCUGUCAUUUUCUUAUCCGCCGAAAAGGAAAGGGACGGGUAAUCGACGGGCAUAAAAUUUAUGGAACACGCGUCAAUUUUAGGCAGAAAUCUAAAACAACCCUCUAUAAAUUUCACAUUGUUAAUAACCCGACAGAAUUAAAUUGACAGCACACUUUAUAAUUAUUAUUAGUUCAUUCACGCAUUAAUUUUAAAAUUAUCAUCUGCCAUCUGUCAUCUUUACGGCGGAUAAGAAAAUAACAGGUAUAACUUAAAUAAAAUUAUUAUGGUGUCUACAGGAAUUAGCGCCAUUGUAAAUUGGGAUUGUUAAUAUAAUAAUGUUUAGGUUUAAGUUGUUCUUGUUGUAGCAAGAAAUUGAAGGCUAUAGGUAGGCUUACCAAAUCCAAAAUGACCAAGACCAAAUGGUCUUCUUACCUCUAUUAACGUUUUAGACAUCCCAUUUUUCGCUGUUACUUUAUCAUUAAACUUUUGUUUAGAUAAUUACUAAAUAAGACUUUAUUACAUACAUAUUUAAAUAAAGAUUCUCUGGCCGAUAAGUUAAAUAACAAUUAUUUAUUAGUGCACGGCACUCACUCGCACCGUCUCGUAAGAGUUAUACGAUAAAUUAUAAGCUUUUAUAUAUGUAUAGGUAACAUUACUUUGCACAUCACAAUAACGGAUGUUGAAGUAAAGAAAAGAAAGGUUUUAAAUUAAAUAUAUUUUAAUUUUAAAUAAAAUUCUUUACACAUAAUUUUCCACCAUGAAAUGGUAAAUGUCAUUUCUCAAAUAAUAUUCAAAUUGUAUUCACUUACACUUCCUAAUAAAUAAUAAAUAAAUAGUGAGAUUUAUAAUAGUAGUUUUGUGCGUUGAUAAAUGUUUGUACAAUUAAUAUUACCUAUUCUUUUGCGUCAGUGUUACCACUGUAAACAUGAUUCGUACUGUUUAUGUGUUAGAUUAAGAUAAUAAUGGUGCCUCAAUAAUAUUUUUCGUCAGAUUCUUUGGGAGUCGUUGCGUUUAGUUACAAUGAAAUUUAGAGCUUUUUGUAUUGAUUUUAUGACAUGUAGAGACUGUAAGCCAAUUACCAUAAGGGGCUUUUCAAGCUGUGGAUUUAUUUUUUGUGGUCGUUUGCUGUAAAUACCUACCAACAUUAGUGGCUAUGAGGGGUCCUCCCCAGUCUUCCUGAUUAUAAAAAUUAUAGACGAAUAUACCUGUAACCGUAAUUCGAUAGGUUACAGAGGAUUUCGCAAAGAAAUCUAUUAAUUAAUAUUUCUACCAAUUUAAAACAAACAUAUGGCAACACUCAGUGCUCAAACAGCGCCACCUAAUUUAACUUUACCAUAAGUUUAAUAGUCGGUAGUCUGAAAAGUCCCUUAAGACCCAAUGAGGGACUUUCCAGGAUACCAGGUUACCAGGAUAGUGUUAAUUACAUAUUUUCUCAUUACUCGGGUACAUAAUUAUUCAAAAAUCCAAUGUAAUGGCAGAAGCAUGUAUAAAAAUAAUUGUUGCUUGAUAUUUGGAUCACAUUAUGUAUAGAAUUAUGUUGCUACCUAUAUUGCUUCUCUUUGUUUUGAUCAGAAUAAUAAUGGGUGGUAGAUGUAAUUGUGCGUGGGUGUAAUAAAAAGGGUUAUCACUUGUACCCAAAAACAAAGAUAAAAGAAAAAAAAAUGUAAAAAAUAUUUAUUUACCAAAUAAAGUAAAAUUAACACAAGUUAAUAGCGGGCCCUGCACUAAGGUUUCCCCUGUAUCGCAGUAGCCCUAUGGUAUAACAAUUUUUGCGUAAAGAUUAAAAAUACCAAGUCCGGUGGAGACUCAGGUACCUACAUAUGUCGCAGGGACAUGAUAAAAACGGGGAUUUGAUCAAUUCAAAGAUGCAUUAUCCAUGAAAUUAGAAGGUUAAACGAAGGAAAAUCUGUACAGCGCCAUCUAUAUUGUUUUUGAGGAACGUAGCCUGGAAAGUCCCUUAUUACUAAAUAUAAUUUUAAUGUGAUUACUGACAUAAUGCAAUAGUGUAUUAUAGUUGAACGUUUAAAACUUUAUUACUUAAAGUAUAUUGUUGUAAGGGGAGUAAAGUGUACCGGCCUUAGAGUAACGAAUAGGAUUGUAAAACAGCGGCUUGACAAAUUAUACUCGUGUCUAGGUGAGGGUCGUAGCCGGAAAGGACGUAUUUUUCACUUUUUGGGAAAAAAGUAUGUUUCACUUUUUGAAUUUUCAAAUAUCUCUAUAUUCCCUUAGCCCCCUCAUUCCCCUCUCGUCUGUAUCUCGUUUUAUAAAUACAGGGUUUCCCAAACUUUUAAGAAAACGGAACACUUGUGGAAUGAUUACAAAUCAAAUACAAGAUACAAAUCAUUUAAAGAAGAUAUUAAAUAAUUUCGCGGAACUCUGGUGACUUAUCUACGAAACGCCUAGAGCUUAGCAUAGGCAAGCGUUGUUCCUGCUUAUCCCGUUGUCUCGGCAGAAUAAUGGUCUAUCUUCAGCUAUUUGUUUUUCACAGACUUCGGAAAAAAAGAUAACAUGUCUAAGAAGGGCACAUUGAAGCGAUUCAUCUAAAGAAGCAAGAUUCAAUGAGACAUUUUUGCAUUGAAAAGUUUUUUAGAUGAAUUGCUUUAAUGUGGUAAUUUUAGACCCUAAGGACUUUUUGUGUGUGUUUUUAAUUAUUGGCUACUUUCCUAAUAUUUCUUUAGUGGUAUAACUAGGCCAUUUACGGCCACUCUCCUUAUGUAAUUCUAGACCUUUUUUGUAUGCUUGCUCCUAAUUUCCCCCACAGUCCCCAGUGCUCGGUUACGACCUUACACCCCUUAGUUAUAAGAGUUUUCAAAUCUCUAUGUCUUUUUCUCUCAACAUUAGUUUCUAAGGGUUACCGUGUUUAAACGCGCAUUUAUCUAAGUGCAUAUUUUAAUAUUGAUAUAUUUUAACAAUGUUAUCUUGUAUAGUAUUGUUUCAUUGCUAUAUCUAUCCAAUAGAUGUCUAACCGCCUGCAAUAUAUCCCUACUCGUUUGAUUCAGCCUAAUACUAAUCAUAUACUAGAUAGAGCCAUGUAUAUUUUCUUUAAGAAUAGAUAAUAAUAACGGAUAGUAUAAAAUGUUAAUUUCUAAUUACAUUAUUGAUUUGUUAAUAACA